AACGCAUUCGAGUUGGAAGAAGACGAUUGUGGCCGUCGAUCGCCAGCCGCCCUAACGCUUCCAGACAUCGCAGUAGUCGCUCAAAACGGCCAACGUCGCCUCUGAAUUCAAUCCUACGCCAUCGGUCCCAUAGCGACCUCGGACAGCACACCGACGGAUAAAGUAAACGGCUUCCUGAUAUCAUGUCAAGCCGCCCGAACGCGCUGCACAAUCUUAGGAUGGGGGAGGUUAUCCGUGAGAAGGUACAGGACGGAGUGACAGGGGAGACACGUGACUUGCAGUACACGCAAUGCAAGAUAGUAGGCAAUGGGUCCUUUGGCGUCGUGUUCCAGACCAAGCUGUCGCCAUCUGGUGAGGAUGCCGCUAUCAAGCGUGUCCUGCAGGACAAGCGCUUCAAGAACCGAGAACUGCAAAUCAUGCGCAUUGUCCGCCACCCCAACAUCGUGCAGCUGAAGGCCUUCUACUACUCGAACGGCGACCGUAAAGAUGAAGUUUAUCUGAAUCUCGUUCAGGAAUUUGUCCCAGAGACUGUCUACCGUGCCUCCCGAUUCUUUAAUAAGAUGAAGACGACUAUGCCCAUCCUGGAAGUCAAGCUAUACAUCUACCAGCUCUUCCGUGCUCUCGCGUACAUCCAUUCCCAGGGCAUUUGCCACCGUGAUAUCAAACCUCAGAACUUGCUUCUGGACCCUGCGACCGGUGUCCUCAAGCUCUGCGAUUUUGGAAGUGCCAAAAUCCUAGUUGAGGGGGAGCCGAAUGUCUCGUACAUCUGCUCCCGCUACUACCGGGCUCCCGAGUUGAUAUUCGGUGCUACCAACUACACCACCAAAAUUGACGUCUGGUCGACCGGUUGUGUCAUGGCGGAACUGAUGCUCGGCCAACCACUCUUCCCCGGUGAAUCAGGUAUCGACCAGUUGGUUGAGAUUAUCAAGGUUUUGGGCACGCCGACCCGUGAGCAGAUUCGCACAAUGAACCCGAACUACAUGGAGCACAAGUUCCCGCAAAUCAAACCGCACCCUUUCUCCAAGGUUUUCCGCAAGGCUGACGCCAACGCUAUCGACUUGAUCGCCCGGCUUCUUGAAUAUACUCCUACGGAGCGACAAGGCGCCAUCGAUGCCAUGGUUCACCCCUUUUUCGACGAGCUGAGGGAUCCAAGCACCAAGCUUCCAGACUCGCGGCAUCAAACUGGCCAAAUGCGUGAUUUGCCCCCGCUCUUCGAUUUCACUCGGCAUGAGCUCUCGAUUCGCCCGGAACUGAACCAGAAGCUGGUGCCCCCUCACAUGCGACCGGUCCUUGCUUCAAACGGACUCGAUAUCGACAACUUGACACCAUUGUCGAGGCAAGAAAUGAUGGCGAAAUUGGAUUGAGGCGGGGAUACGACUCCUGCCUGAGACACUGCAAUACCCCCAGCUUCCU